CUCUCUUUUUUUCCUUCUUCUUCUGGGUCUCUUGAGGAUAAAUUUGUUCUUAUGAUGUGGUGAAUUCACUAACGAAUGAGUCAACCUGCUUCUCAGUUUAUGGGAUUCGGUUAAGAUUCGAAGAAGUUGUGUGAAUGCUUAAGGUGGUGAAGGGGCGUCCACAGACGGCUGAGUCUUCAAUCAGUCAUAGUUGCCGAGAGUUUGCUCGUUUCUCUCUGGGGAAUCGAGCCGCUUCCCGUUUCUCGAAUCCUCGUUUUAUUUUAUUUUAUUUUAUUUAGUUUUUGAUUAGCGUCGUGGGGUCCAAUCGCCGUUGUGGAUAUAAAACGUAUCUGCGGAACGUUGUUCGAGGUUUUCUCAAAGAUCGUGUAGUUUGUGUUUAUGAAUUUGUUCAGUCAGUGUGUUUGUUUGUUUUUUUGUAGUGUUUCUUCGAAGUCCUGAGUUUGGGACGAAUUUGGGUUGAAUUGUGUCUGGAAGAAUUGAGAAAUUUCUGGGUAUCGAGUGAUGCUUUGAGUUGGUUUGUGAGAAGCGUAUAAAUUCCCAACGCAGCGAGUGCAAAAAAACUAUUCCACGCGACUUUGCUGUUUGUUGUACUUGAAUUCAAGUUCCUAUCAUCUCCUCCCAUCGCGUUGCUGGAGGAAAGCAGAGAAUCAAAGAGCUGAACCUGUUGCAAAGAUAUUUUUCGCACUUUCGUACUUCGUGUUCGUAGAGACUUGAUCAUUUUCCAGAAUUCAGAGGAUACUAGAAUUUAGUGCGCAGUAGUGUGCUGUCAACGUGGAAAAAAGGAAGGAGUGCUGGAGCCCUGCUUGACGCUCGCCAGUUUUGAAACAUUUGUGAUUGGAAUCUCUUACUUCCUACCUUUCGCAAUUGUGUGACUCUACGCACCAAUCUGAAUCGGUAGUAAGGCUUCAGAAGCAGUCGAUGCAUUCUUAAAGUUUGGUGCAAUUUAGACCAGAAAUUUGGUCUAAAAUAUUGGCAUUAAAGACGCCGCGCUGUAGCACCAGGGUACAGCAGGUGGAGGUCAAAAACUUCGAAGAGUGGUGAUCAAGUUCACGAGACAACCAUUAUUUUUCUUUUUCGCAGUAGAGUAUUCUGCCCUUGCUCAUUCGUAGAAAUUUUGAUUUGUCCAACAACGCGGGAUUGGUUUUACACACCAACUCGCGGCAUCUGGAAAUGCAAAGUUUACUCAAGCGUGAAUUGUGAGCUUUUGUAGAAUCCAAAACUAUUUGGUAAAAUCUUUCGAUGUCUGUCUGAGCGUACAUGUGAGUAUAUCGUUAGGGAAUUGGUUGGAAUCCGUGUUUAUACAAACAGAAAUUAUAGAAGAGUUUGAGGGAGAAGAUGAAAACGGAAGAUAGUUCCCGUUAUUUGAGUCCAUUGGUGAAGCAGGACUUGGCCAAGCUUGACACAGAUGGAGACACUCGCCGUCUUGCGGUGAAAUCCUUGAAGCUAUUCGUGGAGCAGCUGGACGCGUCCACCUUGCCCCGUUUCAUUUCUCAGAUUGCAGAGUCUCGAGAACCUGGAGCUACGCGAUCCUAUGCCAUUUCUUUGUUUGAGGAAGUAGCACGGGUGCACGGCAAGCUUGUUGUCCCACAUAUUCCGAGGAUAAUGGGCUCUAUAGUGCGGUCUUCGUCUGCAAGCGGAAGCUUUCCUCAAUUGCAAGUGGCCAGUGCUAGAGUCACAGCAGCUCUUGCCCGGCAUUGUAUAGAUUCCAGCACAUCUCAGGCAGAUUCAGAGGAAAUUGUGCGAGAAAUAUGUUCUUCACUCAUUGACUGUCUUUCCGGGAAGUUGGAGCCCGUGGCGGCUACUGCUGCUGCUUGCAUUCACGCACUUGCUGAAACUGAUAAGUGGAAGUACGCCAGUGAGGAGAUUGUUCAGGAAGUGUGUCAGCGCACCAUUGUAGCUUUGGGCGAAAGGUCCUCUCGGUCAGGAGCUCACAUGCAACUUGUCCGCAUAUUGGCGUCGGUAAACCCCGACACCAUUAGCAUCCACGGUGCAAAUCUAUUGAGGGCCGGUGAGGAGAUUUUGAAGGUGACUGCCAAUCCCUGGCAGAUUCGUAAGGCUGCAGCCCAGAUGCUCCAGUCCGUGCUCACCAUCCUUGAUAAGGAGACAUUGGAAAUAGAGCUGAAUGCGGCUUUGAAUGCAUUGGAUAGCUGCCGCCUCGAUAAGAUGCCACACGUAAGAGUGGCCGUAAGUGAGGCGUUACACAUAGCUAAGAUGUUGGCUCCUGGAAACAAUACAACCCACACACCAUUUGGCAUGGCAGCGAGUCCCGUUCGGAGGUCCGCAGACCACAGUGAUUGGAGUUUUUCGUUUCAUGAAAAUGUCCCCAUCUCCCCAGUCUCAAAGCGGGGUACUAGUCCGAGGGCCCCCAUGAGUCCUGACAGGGUUGUUCCACAGUCUCCGACCCCUAAGCGGGGGGCUAGUUCCAGAGUCCCUAUAAUUCCGAACAAGGGGAUUAUGAGUAGCCCUAGAACCGCCAGUUCUGGUUCCGUAGCUGGAAGUCCAACAUCUCAAGAAUCACGCCAUCUAUCUUAUUCACCUGUGUUAACCUCUUCAGAUUUUGCUCAAGUUCCUUCACCUACUCGAAGCCAAGGCAGGUCAAAGGUUCAGCGAACACCGCUUUAUCCUACCCGAGGCAUGGCUCACGCUCACCCACCCCGAUCUGUAGCUUCAUCUCCUUCGAGUUCUGUUACUACUGUGGAAGAGUGCGAAUCCCCGUCACGUAGAUUGAAUCUUGAAUUCUAUGUUCGACCCCGUAGCAGGAGGGCAGAUGGCGUUGAUCCGGAGGAGAUUGACAUUGGUUACGCUGAUGAUUAUUGCCGACCUCGGGCUCCUGUGACUUCUGGCCCACAUUAUCCUCUUCUGCCCACUCAGCUCGACUUAGUCGGGUCUCAGGUGCAAAAGCUGAAAGAAGAACAAGAAUGGAAGGAUGUUGGUACUAAUACGCCUCGGGCUACCGAACAUCUGCGUGAGGCAUCGAAUGAAUGCACGGCAACCGCAUCUUCUGAAGUAGAUUCCGAGUUGUCAGCUUCGAUGAGCUCUAGUCCAAAGAGUGAAGGGGGAUUUAUUUUGCCUAUGUUGAAGAUGGUGGGGGGUACCAACAGCUUGGAUCAGCAAUCAAAACUUAGGGAUGCCGUAGAGAGCAGAACGUCAAUGCAGAGGGAUUCAAGAAAUAACUUGCAUAUAACAUUGCCAACCGAUGACGAUGCGAGAGGUGAGGACGAGAAUGUUGUUAACACUCCCAGUGCGGAUAUUGAAGUGGAGAAACGUGAGCUUUUUAUUUCGAAAACGCCAAAGCGUGCUCAGAACUCUACACUAGCAGGGUCGGAGGUCGACACUGGAAAUCAGAAUGGAGAAAUAGACUACGCCACACACGAAAAACCGAACUCGCUAAAAUAUCGUUUCAGUGGUUUAGCCCAUCUAAAUGUCAACUCGGAAAAUAAGACGACGGAAUCAGUCAACAUGGCUAAGAAUUUCCUGCCGUUAGUUACACCGAAGCGACUCGUGCGCUCUCUGUCCAGCCUCUCCGCCCCUGAUUUGAGAGGAAGCUUACACGAGUAUGACAUGAAGUUCUCGCAGAGCGAUGCAAUAUCAUCUGUCAGAAUGCUGUCGAACAACGCGAACGCAUCCGAACUGGACGGCGAGGCGUCAAGCGAGACAGGCUGGAGCGUCCGUGACAACCCAAUUGCAUCUGAAGACUCGUACCGAGUCGAAAGCUCCGACGAGGAGACAACCGGGCUACGCAGAGAACCGUGUGGCUCCUUCCCCAGGCUUCGGGAGCUUGCCUGGGCCGCCGACAGAUGCAGCCCUCGUGAAAUCCAUAUGGUCUUCCCAGCGUCAGAAACACCCAACGCCGUCGAAGACGGCGCGUCAUUAGAUCACAUGAACCGCCUCAACAGUUCCGAUCAGACAUGCACCCCAAUGACCGACGACGAUGCAGAAACAGAAAGUACUCCAUCCGCAGCUUCUGGAAGGCAAAGCUUCUCAUCAUGCAAGCUGCGCGUCUCAGCUCAAGCAACCGAGGACAUGGGCAGUGACACAAACUUGUCAUCAGACCUGGAUCACGAAGACCAGAAAAAACCUCAGCCAUAUGAAGGCAAGCUUGGAGGACACUACAACAACGGGGCUGCAGCAGCAGCCAUGGAGGAGGAUGAGGAUGAGGAAUUUAUGUGCAGAAAUAAUCCUGCAAUGGAAACAGCGGCAGAGCAAAGGCGGAGUUAUGAGAAAGACGGGAGCUGCUGCGUGAUAAAGGCUGUGACCCACAAUUGGAAGCGGCUGUGCUCGCAUGCGGAGUCGGUGCUCGGAGGCUCCCUGUGCUUCGCAGUAGCUUUACCGCUGGCUAUUAUGGCAUGCCGCACCUUGAAUGGGACACGCGAUCUUCAUCACCUGGUGCCCACCUAGUUUCAGUCUCUCAUUUUAGGGUUUAGUUCACUGAUGUUAGGGCUAAAGGUUUCACCUUUGGAGAUUGGGUUACUCGCGGCACUUUUGAGAGUGUUGUGGGUUGGUUUGCAUGUUUCUGUAUGUGCAAGGUUUUGCAGUUCAUUGGAUGACAUUGUAGUUUUGAUGUGCAGUUUUGCUUUGAGUACACUCACAAUUUAAGAAGCUUGUAAAAAAAGAAAUACCUUUGAGGUAAACAUGUUGAUCAAGUUCUUUAGGAAAUCUAUUUAUUCAUCAUUAAGGUUUCUUA